CUAGCUAGCUGGCUAACUCAAACUAGCCCGACGACGCUAUUUCGCUUAAGCAUGUACGAUGGAUUUAGCGACCAGAACCUAAUGUGCGGGCGGAGUGGUGGGUAGUACAGUAAUUUGGCGCCGGAACCGCUCCUCGCAGGGAUAGCGAAUACAACAAAUCGAACGCUCGCCAGAGACUCCAACACGCAUGCGUAGUCGAACUCCGAUUCCGGAUGUGUUUGAUUCAAGCCUCACCGCGAAUCCGUCGAGCUAAACAAUAGCAUAGCGUCGUUAGCUUCAAGAAAUUCAUUUCAAAACACUUUUAUCUUAAAUAAUUAUGGUUAUUUAGGAGGUUUUUAUCCCUGCUUACGUCUGCACCGUCUUCUCAGCUUUUAACCACCCGAGGCCGUCCGAAGAUGAGCGGCGAGGCCAACAAAGAUUUUGAGGAGCAGCUGCGCCUCCAGGAGCUCUACAGCAGGAAAAGCCAGGACGGUUCCGACCCGUUCACGUACACGGACCCCGAUGACGGCACCGUGUACGACUGGGACCACGACAAGAAGGCCUGGUUCCCCAAAAUCACGGAGGACUUCAUGGCGGCUUAUCAGGCCAACUACGGCUUCGGACGGGAGGGCGACCCGGACGCCGGCGGCACCGCGGCGGAAACGGAGAAGCAGCAGCCAGCGGCGGCGGCGGCCACCACGCGAGAGCCGAUCUCAGAGCAGCCAAAGAGUGCGGCGGCUAAAGACUGCAAGCAGAAAGGAGAGAAGAGGAAACCAGAACCGGGCUGGUUCGACAUGGAGGACGACAAGAACACCAACGUGUACGUGACAGGCCUCCCGCCCGACACCAGCCCCGACGAGUUCGUGGCCCUGAUGUCCAAGUGCGGCAUCGUCAUGCGGGACCCGCUCAGCGAGGACUACAAGGUCAAACUGUACAAGGACCAAGACGGCAACCUGAAAGGAGAUGGACUGUGCUGCUACCUCAAGAGGGAGUCGGUGGAGUUGGCCGUGCGUCUUCUGGACGAGUCGGAGGUCAGAGGUUACAAGCUGCACGUGGAGGUGGCUCGCUUCCAGCUCAAAGGGCAAUACGACGCCAGCAAGAAGAAAAAGAAGAACAAGGAGUACCGCAAGAAGAUGCAGCAACAGCAAAAGCAGUUGGACUGGCGGCCCGAGAAGCAAGCGGAUGCCAGGAAGCGACACGAGAAGGUCGUCAUCGUCAAGAACAUGUUCCGUCCCGCCGACUUUGAGGAGGACCCCCUGGUGUUGAACGAGUACCGUGACGACUUGCGCUCAGAAUGCGAGAAGUUCGGCGAGGUCAAGAAGGUCAUCCUGUUCGACCGCCACCCGGACGGCGUGGCGUCGGUGGCCUUCAAGGAGCUGGAACACGCCGACGCCUGCGUGGCGUCCUUCCACGGGCGCUGGUUCGCCGGACGCCAGCUUGCCGCGAUGCUCUGGGACGGCAACACUGACUAUCAGGUGGAGGAGACGAGCCGCGAACGUGAAGAGCGUCUGAAGGCUUGGUCCUCGUUCUUGGAGGCGGGGAAGCCGGCGGAGGGCCCAGGCGCCGCUGGAGCUUCCGGCAGCGCGCCGCCCCAAACUCGGACGUCGCAGCAGCCGCAGCCUGAAGGGAAAAAGGAAGAGGAAACCGGGUCGACCGACAGCAGCCUGGCCGGCAGCGACGAUGACGACAACGACGCCAACGCCGCUUAACUGGACGCCGCGAUGAACGGCGCAGUGCGUUCAUCGAGUGGCUCCAUCCGUCCAUUUCGGGCGCCAGACUCAUUUUCGGCACACGGAAAUUCCGCUUUCCACUGCAAAUCCGCAACCUCACCGUUCUAGUACAAUUCCCCACAACUUUCAGCGCUGCCAGGCAUUCGAUUGGUUCUCUGCGGCAAAGGAAGGCCCGCGAUUGGCCGGGACCAAGAGCGACCCAGUCCUACCGCAAAAUCCGCAAGCAAUCGACACUCGUCCAUCAAGGCUUAUUGUCUAAACACGUCGGCAGCAAAAGCAUUUCUUCUAUUCCCCCAAAAUAUGAUUACAUUUUAAAUAUGGGAUUUUUAAGCUCCGCCCCUCAGUUUAACGCCCACCUAAAAAAAAAAAAAAAUUCGAUGGCACCAAUGUGCGUCCAGAAGGCACCAAAAAUACACUAGUACGAGUUUUUCUGUGGGUCCCCCCUUCCCUUAAAAAAAAAGCAAUAAAAUUUCCAACAGAAAAUGUCAAAGUUCACAAUAUAUUUGGAACAAAUUGAAUUUGAAAUCAUGACAUUUUCGUACACAGGAGCAGUUGAAAGAUGCGAUGCACAGAAAAGCUCGGAAAGGAUUCAAGUGAAUCAAGUCCGACACUUCAUGCUCGCCCGCGAGCCGGCGCGCUACGCAACACCGCCGAAGCUAACCUUUAGCCGCUAAAUAAAACAGCAUCUAUUGUGU